UCUUUCGUGGGUUCUGUUUGUCUUGUUAAGCAUUAACACCGAGAAUCUCUCCUCUCUCUCUUUGCUCCUACUAGCAGCUGCAUUAUUCGGUUGGACAAUUCAUUCAUUCAUUCAUACAUCUCUUGCUCUUUAGUAUAAUGCCAUUAACUUUUGAGCCUAUUGGGACCAUCUCUCACCAUCUCCCGUUACUAACAUGAUAAAUUAAGGAAUCCCCCUUUUUUUUAAUGCUUAAAUAGUAUUAGUAAAUCCAGUUGCCCAAGACAAUUUGUUUUUGCAUUUGUUGAGUUUUAAUUCUCUCCUACCCUUGAAGCAAAGUUGCUUCAACUUUUUUCUACGUCCGUCACUCAUCUCUCUCCACCUUUAUUCUUUCUAACUUUUUGGUUUCUGGGUUUUUGUGCACUUUUUGAGAUCCGCUCUCAAAAUGGUGUUUUCAAGAAGUAAUUGCACUAACUCUAUAGUCCCUCUGCGCAACUCAUUUUCAUCAAAGACUUCAACUUUGGCCGCCCCUGAUGAUGAUAAAUAUUGUGAUUACUAUGAUGAUGAUGAGAUAAAAAUCAAAUCUUUAUUGUAUAAGAUGAUCUGGGAUUUUGGUUUGGGUUGCUUUAUUCCACAUCACCGGCGGCGAGGUUCCGGCAAGGAUGAGGAGGAGAAAGAUAAGGGUGGGAACAGUUUGGAGCAUAAUAAGGCUUGGUUGCUUGCAGAGUCUGGUGGCUGUGGGGCAGAGUUGAAUAGUGCUGAGCCUCAGUCAGUGCACUCCUCUUUCAGGUUCAGUUUUUGUUCUCAAGUUGAGCUUGAAUCAAUGAAUGUGAUGAACAAGUCUUCUUCUGCUACUGUUUUGAUGGUGAAUUUGGAUAAUGGGGUGAUUGAUUCCAAGUCUAGAGAGUUAAAGUGGAAGAGAAUUGAGUCCCUUGAAAGGAGCAUUUCUCCUGUGGCACAUUAUUUGAUUAGGUUCAGCUAUGCCGAAAUCGUUUAUGCAACUUGCAAUUUUUCUACAGGUAGAGUUUUGGGUAGAGGUGCAUUGAGCUGUGUUUUUAGAGGAAGAGUUGGACUUUUGAGGACUGCUGUGGCAAUUAAGCGGUUGGAUAAGGAAGACAAGGAAUCUUCAAAGGCAUUUUGCAGGGAAUUGAUGAUUGCUAGUUCUCUCCACAACCCUUACAUUGUUCCUCUUGUGGGUUUUUGCAUUGAUCCUGAGGAGGGUCUGUUUUUGGUCUACAAAUAUGUGUCUGGAGGAAGCUUGGAGCGAUAUUUACAUGAAAAGAAAAGGGGAGUGAGGGGUGGUCCGGCACUUCCAUGGUCUGCUAGAUACAGGGUUGCUGUUGGUAUUGCAGAGGCAAUUAGUUAUUUACAUAAUGGGACAGAAAGAUGUAUUGUUCAUAGGGACAUCAAGCCCUCAAACAUCCUUCUUACUUCCAGGAAGACACCUAAGUUGUGUGACUUUGGAUUAGCUACGUGGACUCCUGCACCCUCCUUGCCCUUCCUCUGCAAGACUGUGAAAGGAACAUUCGGAUAUUUAGCACCCGAGUAUUUUCAGCACGGCAAGGUCUCUGAUAAGACCGAUGUAUAUGCCUUUGGGGUUGUCCUUUUGGAACUCAUCACCGGCAGGAAACCUAUCGAGGCAAAAAGAGGACCCGGAGAAGAAAAUUUGGUUUUAUGGGCAAAACCAUUAGUGCAACAAGGGCCCCUAGAAAAGUUGCUGGAUCCACGACUCAAGUUCACUCACAAGUACUCGAAUCGGAUAUCCCAGAUGGUUCAAGCAGCGAAUGCGUGUGUAAACAGCGAAGAAUCCCGCAGGCCCAGCAUUGAUGAGAUUGUUGCAAUAUUAAGAGGAGCAAAGUCCAAUAGCUUAAACAGAAAGAAAGCUACUUCGGCGGCUAACAAUUUUGUCGGUGACUGUUACUCUCAAUUGCAGCAGACAAAAAGUGAAAUCAAGAGUCAUUUAGCUUUAGCUAUGCUUGGAGUUUCAGAGUUUGAGGAAGAUGAUCAUCUGUACUGCAGGUGAUAUGCAGCGCAGCAGUGAUAACAUCUAGUAUAGGAUUUGAUUUGAUGGAUUGCUUAAAGAGACUUUUUAGGCUAGAACUGAUUAGUUAUCUUAACAUUGUGUAUAGAAAUGGCACCGUCUGAUGAGCUAUGGGUGUCAGUGUGUCUGUGUAUAUAUAUUGCUUUCAAAGGGAUAGAUGAUGUUUCUUUGCACGCGUAGACUGCAACUUUUGUGUGAGACCGGAGACCUAGCUUUUGCAAGGUGCUCAUGCCUGGUCUGUUCUAUGCAACAAGGUCAUUCAAUUUUAAAA